AUGGAGAAAGCAGAAGGGAGAAAUCAAACGCCCAUCAUGGAAUUCCUCCUCUUAGGAUUUGGGAAUGUCCCUGAACUGCAGCCCCUUCUCUCCCUCGUGUUUCUAGUGAUCUACAUUGUGACUGUGGCUGGGAACAUCCUCAUAGUUGUGCUAGUUGCAACUGAUCAGCACCUUCACAUCCCCAUGUACUACUUACUGGGGAACUUGUCCUGCGUGGAGAUCUGCCACACCUCCAUCAUCCUGCCCAGGGUGCUGGCCACUCUACUGACUGGGGACAAAACCAUUUCUGUUAAGGGUUGCAUUGUGCAAUUAUAUUUUUUUGGUAUCCUGUCAACUACAGAAACUCUGCUGCUCACGGCAAUGUCUUAUGAUCAGUAUUUAGCGAUAUGCAAUCCACUCUGUUACGCUGCUCUGAUGAAUGGCAGGGUUUGUUUCAAGCUAGUGGCAGCAUGCUGGAUAAGCAGCAUUUUGGCCUGCACCAUAGUAAAUAUUUUCGUGUUCCAAUUAAUGUUCUGUGAUUCCAAAGAAAUUGACCAUUUCUUUUGUGAUUUUUCACCCAUGAUAAAGCUGUCCUGUGGUGACACCCAGAAUCUGCAACUGGUGACAUUUACUAUUGUUGCCAUAGGGACACUUGUACCUUUUCUACUGACUCUGACAUCCUAUAUUUGUAUCAUUGCCACCAUCCUAAGAAUCCCUUCCACCCUGGGGAGGCAAAAGGCCUUUUCCACCUGCUCCUCUCACCGUAUUGUGCUUACAGUUUUCUAUGGGACCGUGAUAACUAUCUAUGUGUUUCCAAAAGCCAAAACUCCCAAGGUCCUACACAAAAUAUUCUCUCUCUUCUACACAGUCCUUACUCCCAUGAUCAAUCCUGUCAUCUACAGUCUGAGAAACAAGGAGGUCAAUGAAUCCCUGAGAAAAGCUAUACUUAAACUAGCUGUUUUCAGAAACAGGCAUAGAAGCUUAAAGGAUAUAUUUUUACAUAUAGUAAAAUAG